CUGAUGCCAGUGACAGGCCGAUCACAUAGCACAGGCUGCCUGACGGAGCUAUAGGUUUACAUGGGCUAGAUCUGCAGCAUCUGCAACUUCAAUCAGAGCUCCGGCACUAGCCCUGCCACUGCUGCCGUGUAGCCCUCCUGCCCGACAGCCGAAGCUCUGUAGUCGGAUGUGCAAGCAUGCACACAGGCGAACAUUUGAACGAAACCAAAAUUGACCUUGGCGAGGGGCAAGAGGAAACGGAUCAAAAUGUUCCUGUGCCCAAGGGGCAGUCCUCAUCGCUGGAAGACCGAGACCCCAAAGGCAUCAACGCCCACUUAAAGGUAAACUUUGAAGAUGUGAUUGCGGAGCCUGAUUCAGUGCACAGCUUUGACAAAAUCUGGAUUUGGAGUGACGCAUUGUUUGAAGUAUCUAAAUUAUGGUGCUAUAGAAUUAUCUCCGUUAUAUUUGCUGUCCCAGUGUCUUUAAUCUCUGGAGUCCUUUUUGCUCUUUUGAGUUGUCUGCAUAUCUGGUGUGUUAUGCCCUGUAUCAAGAAUUUCUUGAUGAACAUGCCUUCCAUUCAGACCAUCUGGGGAAGUAUUGUAGACCUGAUCAUUUCUCCUUGCUGUGAAAGUAUGGGGAGAUGUUUCAGUGGCAUCAACUUGCACAUUGCGAGAGAUUAAAAUUCUUCCCCAUUGCGGGCGGCCGGAUCCAAUUGAUUUAACAGACUGGAUUCCACAUCAGCAUUCUGACCACGGCACAUCACUGUACAGGACUCAUACAAAGCUGUAAAUUCAAAGCCUUCACUCUUUCAACAGGUGCACAAUGCACACGCUGUGUCGGCCAUUUUAAAGUGCUCGGUUUCCAUGGCAGCUUUCAAAUUCUUUUGUAUUUAAAUAACUUUUGCAAACACAUUAUUACAAGCAAAGCUGAAAAAUCAUCAACUGAAAUGAAGGAAUGUUUGUAGCUAUAUAUAAUAAGUCAUUGUACAUUCUGAAAUAAACUGAAAGUAUGCUUGUACGUUGUGAUUUUUACUUUGAGUGGAAAUGCUAUAACAAGCUCUCAGCCCAGUACUGUUAGCAUUCUUUUAAUACUGUUGUUUUGGCUUAAGUAACUAUCUAUGACUUUUUAAAGUCCUUAUGGCUUCACAGGGAGUAACCUCAAACCCAUUGGUUGCUUUAAAUACUGUAACAGUAUCCCAGCUGCCGGGUGCCUGGAUGUUUAUGGAAGUGUCUAGCAGCUUUUUAAAAUGAUCUCUUUCAACUCUGUACCAUCGUGCUGAUAAAGGCAGCCAUUUUUCACCCAACACUGGUAUGAUGGGCCAAAUGGCCUCCUUCUGUGUUUUAAGAUUCUAUUGUUUUUAAUAAAUGAUUAUUCUGACUCAUA